GAGGGAGGGGGGAAGACAGAGGGCUUCCUUUGCUGCGACUGCGCAUCCUGGCGUCCCACUGAGCAUGCUCGGUAGUGUUCGGUGUUAAAACUUGACGGGUAGCCGAGAAGGGGCUCCAGCUAGGCCGGUGUGGUUGGAACCGAGUGGGUGCCGGGUUUUUUGCACGCCAUGGGGAAAAGGGACAACCGGGUGGCUUAUAUGAAUCCCAUAGCAAUGGCUCGAUCACGAGGGCCUGCUCCAUCAUCAGGACCUACCAUACAAGACUACUUGAAUAGACCAAGACCAACGUGGGAAGAAGUGAAAGAACAACUGGAGAAGAAGAAGAAGGGCUCCAAGGCCCUAGCAGAAUUUGAAGAAAAGAUGAAUGAGAACUGGAAAAAAGAAUUGGAAAGACAUAGGGAGAAAUUGUUAAGUGGAAGCGAGAGUACUUCGCGAAAGAAAGAGAAAAAGAAGAAGGAGAAGAAAAAAUCCAGUAGGUUGUCUCCAUCUUCCUCUUCCUCAUCAAGUUCUGAUUCUUCCAGUAGUUCUUCUGAUUUCGAAGAUGAGGAUAAGAAACAAAGAAAAAAGAGAAGAAAGAAGAAGUAUCACUCCUCACGAAAGUCGUCUGAAAGCUCUGGUUCAGAUUCUGAAUCGGAUAGCAAGGACAGCUUAAAAAAUAAACGGUCAAAGGAAGAGCGUGAAAGAGAAAAGGACAGCAAAACCCUUGUUCGGAAAAGGAUAAAGACGGAGUGUGGGGAUGGCCUGUCAUCAUCAGAGUCUGCUUCAGAAUCUGACCAUGUAGAGGAGGUACCAAUAAAAAAGAAGAAAAAUAAUGAAGAAAAAGAGAAAAAUGAUAAAUCAAAAAAGCGAAAGAAGCACAAGAAGCAUGGCAAAAGGAAGUAAAAAAAGCUUGCUCAACUUCUUAUUUGGAAUAACUUCAGUUGAGACUUUCCCCCCUUAAAAAUUGAAAGUGCAAUGAGACUAGAGAAAACGGCAACUGUGAAAACAAUGAUGACUUUACCAAACUGCAUGAGCUCUCCUGUGUUUUAACAAUAUUCUAGACUUUCAGCUUGCCCAGUGCCAUGGAGCUGGAAGUAGCCAUUGUCGUUGCCUGAUGCUUAAAACACAUAGUACCUCUUUUCCUCUCUCUCUCUCUCUCUCUCUCAUAACUGGUGUUAAAUGUUCUUCAGUAAGUCCUACACAUGGUUUAAAUUAUUCAGCAGCACUGUGGAGUUGGGUUGAUGCUAAAAGGUUUUUGCCUGUGCUCUGUUGCACACAUGUAGCUUUUACGUUAGGGGUUCUUCUACUGUGUAAUAAAGGAACCAGUUCUCCCAUCAAAAACAAUUGUGAACAUAGAACAGCUCCAUCUGUUGUAAAAGGAACAGACUUUGUGGACAAUAUACGCAGUGGCGCUGCUAUGCCCAGGAUGAUCAAAAAGCUGCUUUGGGUGUUUGUUUUUAUCAGGAUAGUGAUUGAAUAUUCAGUUUGUUCAUUAUGGAGAAAUUUUUAUGAAAUUCCUCUUUAAAGAUGAACACAUCAUAACAAUUUUUUUUGACAAUUCAUUGCUACGGAUGCAUUUUGAAAUUGGUACAUGCCUGUAACACAUGUAUGUUACUUUCAUAGAUAUGUGUAAUUUUGCAUUUGAUUUUGGGGCAAGUUCAUGCUCCUUUGGAUUAGCAGAAAUUGUUGACUUGGACAAAGAACAGCAGUAUUUGCUGAUUCUGUAGCUAUGCUUGCAAGGGGGUUUGUCAGCAGGUUGUUUCUCUUUGAAUAUCACACAGAAUCCACUGGGAAUGUUUCCUAUGCAAGCCCUGCCAAAAUAAAGGGGAGUUGCACAUGAGCAACUGUGCAGAUAGGCUAUAUGGGCAGAGACAACCAUUUUAUGUGUUAACAUGUCUUCCCCACUGAAAGGGAGGCAGGAUGGGCUAGCAGUUAUGCCAAAAGGCUGCAUGGGUGAGGGGAACUCUGCUGCCUUAUUUCACUCAUGCAUUGUUGCUUCCUCCUAGCCCUGGGAGAAAAGUGCCUGCAGCAGUAGAGUGUAGGGAGGUGAGUUGGGGGAAUAGUUGAACUUCUUAUUCCUCCUUUUAUUCUUAAAAUAUAUAGUCACACCUGCAUCCUACUUCCCUGCUUUAUAUAUUAACAGUGCAGGCACAUGAAUAACAAGUGUAGCUCAAAUCUGGCUUGGCUUUGUUAGUUUAUUUUGGAUCUAUAGCAUAUGCUGCUGGGCUUAGCAAAAACACCAAUGCAUAGCUGACAUCCAAAAAGUGAGGGGGAGGGGUUUACCAUUGAACUACAAGAACACUGUGCUAGUAAUAUGCAUUACUAUCAUUUGAAGUAUUGGUGACUGAACUUUUUUGGCAAACCUUUAUUCCUUGUGUUGUAAUUAAGGUAUUUAGAAUUAAUAUUCUGCAUGAUUUUGUACCAUUUUUAAAUUAAUGAAUAGAGAAAUACAGUUGUAACCAGUGGGUUGUUUGUUUUCUCCCUGAUAAUUAUGUUCCAUGUGCAGCAUUAUUAUAGAUGUUAUGGUUUCUAUUGCAUUCAUGACUAUGUUUAAAAUGCAUACUUGCUGAAAAUAUUUAGCAUGUAAAACGCUGGGGGGUUUGAUAUCAAACAGCUUCAUAUUGAAGCUGAUUUUAUUCUUCACAAGUUCAGUGGCAGACCUGUUAUGCAACUACGUCUUGGAAUAUAAAAUUACUGGCAGACACUCAGUAAAGAAAAUGUUUUUAAAAUGUC